AUGAGUUCCAACGGAAAAUCCACGUUAUCUGGUGAUUCCCGCUCGGAGAAACCAAAAGGCGUUGAGGCUGACUCCUUUCCCGGACCGAUCAAGCCCACCGGUACACCUUAUGUAUCUUCCGGCCUCUCGAUCGGCGAUCCCCACUCGAAGACAGCCAAAGGCCAGACGUCGGUCUCCUCCGGUCUGACUAAACCCAUCGGCAAGAACCCCAAUGGUACGAUCAUUCACACCACGAAGACCGGUGCCUCUUCAGGCGUUAGAGGCAAAGCCGCUGUCUCCUCUGGCGUCAGGGGAAAAGCCAUUGUCUCCGCCGAUGUUGGGGAAGUGAUGGCUUUCAAAGAUGUAAAAUUCGGACCUAAUCAAGGCGAGUUGAGGUUUCGGUUGAUCCAUUUUUGGGAAGCCCGAAAUGUUCUGACGAAGGUGAUUUUUGGUCUCGAGAUGCUUCUCAUCGACCAAGAGGAAACUGUUAUCCAGGGCUUCAUCCCAGCUGGGAGGAUAGAGACUUAUUUGCCACACAUGAAAGCUGGUGGCAUUUACAGGCUCAACAGUUUUUUCGGGUCUAAUAACAAGACUUUGUAUCGGGUAGCCGACCCAAGUGUCACCAUCACCUUCUCAUCGACUUCUGUCCUCUCUGAUCUAGAGGACAGUUUGGUUUGUUUCCCUGAAGACCGUUUUCGGUUCCGUGGAUAUGAGGAGUUCGAUGCUGCCUGCGACUUGAGAGGGGAUCUUUAUGAUUAUGUUGGCCACAUCAAACUUGCGAAUGGGCAGGUUCUCAGUGACAGUAUCGUGCUAGAUGAUGCUGAGAUAGCUUCAUCCCGCCGAGUUCUGCUUCAUGUUCAAACACAUGAUGGCCCGGUGAUGAAGUUGUACCUAUGGGACAAGGCUGCCUUUGACUUUAGUGAAAAAAUUAAAGCAUCUGGAGGAACUGCAUGUGCCCUAGCUCUCUCCUCUAUGACGUCAUCACGUAUAUUUUUGGACAGUGAUGUCAAAGCAACCCGUGAUUAUCUCACUUGGUUGAACUCGAACUUAGCUGUUGCUAACAGAGUUGAUGCAGCCGUUGUCACUAAGACUGAGACAGUGACUAUAGGCGAGUGCCAAGGUCGUACAGUUGCUUGGUUCGAGUGCAUAGCAACCAUUGGUGAUGUUGCGCACGGUUCAACAUGGUAUUACAUAGGCUGUGGUGUGUGCCACACUAAGGCAACCAAAGGUCCUACCACCCUUAUGUGUAAAAAAUGUGGGAAAAGCAAUAUCGUUGGUGUUGCACAGAUCUCUGUGUAUGAUAAUGAUGAUCAGGCGUCUUUUGUUCUCUUUGGUGAUGAUGGUCAUGAGUUGACUGGAAAGAAAGCUUCUGAGUUGGUUGAGAGAGAUGAUCAUUUGGUUCCGGUGCCUCAAGCUCUGAUCGAUUCCAUAGGACAGACUCGCAAAUUCAUUGUGAAGGUGCUCACUCCAGAAGUUCCAGAACUUGAAGGCAAUUUAGUAGGAAAUGUGAUUGUACCAGAUGCUCAGGGACCUUUGCAGAAGGGAGUUGCUGAGGAUGAUCCUUCUACAUGUUUUGAAGAAUCUGAUGGUCAGGGGGUGAAAAGAGCUGCUGAUAAUGUUGAGGCAGAAGAUCUCAAGCGAGCCAAAUGUGGCUAA